AUGGUAGCUUACACUCUCUGUGUUUUGGGCAACUGUAUUAUUUUCAUGCUCAUCUUGACCCAGUCUCAGCUCCGCACCCCGAUGUACUUCUUGCUGGGAAACCUUUCUGUUGUUGAUAUUUGCAUGACUUCUAUCACCAUCCCUCGGGCUCUUUGUAGCCUCCUAACUCAAAAUAAGGCCAUCUCAUUUCAUGCUUGUUUUUUGCAGCUCUUCCUCUUCCAUGCAGUUGGUAAUAUGGACAGCUUUCUACUGGCCAUCAUGGCCUUGGAUCGGUAUGCUGCUGUUUGCCAACCCUUGCAUUACACAACCAUCAAGAGCAAUAAGACAUGCAUCAGUUUGGUAACUUCUUCGUGGGCUGUUUGUUACUUUACAUUCCACCCUGUUCACCGCCAUGACAUCUACUCUUCCCUAUUGCAAUUGGGUUAUCCAUCACUAUUUUUGUGA